AUGUCUGAGCAGUCUGUAAUUGUUCCUUUACCGAUGCAGUUGAAAGAUGAGAAAAAAUACAGCGACGUAGUUGAUAUCCUGGAUUACUAUGAGAAUGAGGUUGAGGAUAUAUACGCUAAAGCAGGAGUUAUUAAAAAACCAGCAAAGGUUCCAAAUGCACCACAACCAGCAUUAAUCGAAGGACAGUCUUCCCUACCUGAUCAACCGAGCGCGCACUUUAACAAGGUGGAUGAAAAUGACCACAUGAAAGUGAUAUCCGUGCCAUUUGGAGGAGAUCAACUAACCCGAGUUAGAUUUGCUGGGGCGAAGGAUCUGCAGGCUGGAUCACAUACAUCAAAAGAACGACUGGAUCACUGCAGCCCGUUUGUGUCGGAGUUAUUCCAUACAAAAAUGUCAUACCUACAGGUAUAA